AUGGCUGACGUCGAAACGGACAAUGAGGGGGACGCCAACCCUCAUCCUCUCGACACAACAGCAAACCCCGCUUCGCAGGCGAAUACUGCGAAUGACUCUCAAUCACGAAAUGAUCCGAUCCCAUCAUUGAACAAUCCGAUUCGUUUCACCAACGUCGAUGACGAUGACAGCGAUAGUAACGACACGAAACCCUCUCACCAAGGACAUGGUCUACGUGAGAUCGCAAUGACGAAGAUACAGAAGGUUAGGAUGCUUGAGCACAACGACACAGACCCUAGCGGAUGGAACCAGGCUUUGGCUUACCAGCUAAUCCCCUACGCUUUGGAAUGGUUGCUCGAUAGCGACAUACCUCGUCCUCCCAAAUCGCACCCUUCAUAUGAGAGAUGA